AUGUGUGUUUACAAGUUAUCGAGAAGAACAUCCCCUUUGUUUAAAGCUAGCACCGCAAUUCCGAAACGACUUUAUGAAAUCAUCAAGGGCGUUAGCUUGAAAAAUAAAGCGAGACUUGGGUUACUUAACUAUAAAUCAAGAUGGUAUAUCUCUGUAUCGUUCGUUCCACGUGAAUUCUUUUAUUCGUAUAUUUUCAAUGGAACGGAACCGCUUGUAAUAGUUGUUGCAUUAAAAGAUCUGUAUUGGGUGUUGGAGAUUUCCCAAGAUAAUCUCGCCUCACAGGGAGAUAUAGAAGAAUACCCACAAGAUUCUUUUCAUGAAUCAGUACAAGAUCGACAACGAAGAGAGGAGAACGAGGAUGAAAAUGGGGAUGACGUAGCAACUUUGAAUGAUGAAUUCUUUUAUAAAAGUUAUGAAGCAUCGAUUGUAUAUGAGAAAGAGGGAUCGACAUUAAAUGUGGAAUUAUUUGAUGAUACAAAUUCAAAUUUCAUUAAAAUAGUUCCUUUAUUACAAAAUCCUAUAGGUGAUAUUCCUGAGCCAAGCAAUCGGGUUAUGUUUUUUGAAAUGUUGUGUUAUGAAUUGAAAAUGAUCCUAAAGGAUUGCAUAAAAACUGGUUCAAAAUUUCAAUUGAAUGGAUAUAAAUAUGACGUGGUUGCAUUGAAAUUCAGUAGUCGCGACGAAUUUCGAUUCGUUGAGCAUAACAUUAGGGCUGAAGCGUUCUUUCAAUGCAAGAUUGAUGAGGACUUCCAAUUCACAUAUUCAAAAAAUUGUAUACAACCUUUGUUAUCAUUAUCCAUCGAUAAGAAAAGUAAUAUAGAAGUGAUGGUCUAUAGAAACGGACUAAUGAAUCUUAAGUUUAGACCCGGUGAUGUACAAGAUUCAUAUGUAAAUUAUAUGGUGAUGACAAUGAUUGAUGAAGAUGAGUGA